GUGCGCAUAGCUUCCUAAUAUAUAUUUUUAAAAUAAAUAAAAAUAAAUUUUAAUUUAACACAUGUCAAAAUCUGAGAUCAAUAAAUUUGACACGUGACACGAUCCUAUGAAUUAUUAACUUUCAAAAUCAUACUUUAUAUAAUAAGAAGAUAGGUCUCACUUUUUAAUUUAGGUUUUGAAUAGGACUAUGAUAUUGAUAACGAUGGAUUGCCUCAAGGCUUUAAUAGGGAGAUUAUAUUGUUACUAAUCCGAAAAAAUAGCAAAAUAAAAUAAUGAGGAAGAUUAUUUUCGUGUUAUGGUGAUAAUUAUGCCAAUGAUUUUAUUUCUUUUCGUGUAUACAAUUCGUUUUUGUGUACAUAACAAUAUCCCGACCUUUAUGGUCAGAGGAAUACAAUACAACUUUGAUAUUACUCUUUACUUGGAAAGCAAGGAAAACAUUUGAACUUGACGAGAACUCUUCAAACAGAAUCAAUGGCGACUACUCAUGCAGUGAUGGGUGUGAUCAGGUCAAUUAUGCCUGCUUUUCGCAAUAACAACGACAAAGUCGCUUUCGUAGUUCACGCUUCUUUCGUCGUUUCCGGUUUCAUCCUCACUGCAACUGGGCGUCCUGCCUUUGCCUUUGACGCUCUGUCGUCAUCGACCACUGAGAGUUUGGUUAGGAUUGCCGGGUGGAACGAAUUCGAUGAGGAGUAUGCGUUUGUUUAUAAAAGUCCGGUGAAGGGAUCGAAGAAGAAUACAGUGAAGAAAUUUCUGGUUAAGUGCUUGGUGAUGAAUGAUAAACUUCUUGUUGAUGCAAUAGCUGAGGAUGGAAAAGAAUUUGGUCAUCUCCAAAUACAAGUUGGGAAUUAUACUGAUGAGUCUAGAGAAGAGAAGGAUUACGAUGCACAGUUCAAGAAUUUUGGCAAGUUAGUGACUGAUUUGAAUAGUGAGAUUUUGUGUAAACUAAAUACUGUUUCUACUACAACCAAGUCCAGCUCUGAGAAAAAUGAAGAGCCUAGAGAUUACGUUGGGAUAACUUCAUCUUCAAAGAAACAGAAGAAAAUAUGGGUAUAACUGUUGGAACUCAUUUUUUACACAAGUGGCUCCGGCCAACUUUCCGGCAACUUUUCUGGUGACGUCCGUCAUCGGAAUGACCGGAUAAUGGAACCUUUGGAUUCCUUGUAAUGGGCACUAUAAGAUAGUGUAUCUAUUUGUAAAAAUUGAAGUUAUAUUGAAUGAGUAAUUGAGGUCCAAAGUGGGGAGCUUGGAAGCUUAUAAA